ACAGGUGACCAAGUUUGUGGAUGCAGCUACCAGAAAACAAGUUCACAGAGGAAAAACAUGCACUGAGAGUGAGCAUGUGAAAGCUUCCUGAGAGCAGAUAAGCCCUGGAGAGCAGUGGUCCUGUUGAAUCCACUGAAUGUCCUGAGAUCCAAUACACUUGCAACAGCAAGUCUGCUGAAUCUGUCCAAGGCCACCACCACCAGCACACACUACCAUGAAUUGCAUGUUGUGGAACUCAGCUGCAUCUGAGAAAGAGGCAAACAUAGGCUACAGGGGGUUGCUCAUACACCUAGCAAGAUGAGGGACCCCAUGAAGGACUUUCUGAAUACCUACCUGGAAGCCAGUGGCCAGCCAGUCUGGCACUCUUUGGCUGGUACCAAAUUGCUGCAAGGAAUAGUCCAAGCCAGCAACCAGGGAAAGUGUUUGGAUGCUCAAAGAGCAGCUUACUGCCAGUUCAUGGACAUGUUGUUCCCAGGGUGCAUUAGCUUGAAGAAAGUAAAGUUUCAAGCAAAGCUGGAGCAUGAAUACAUUCACAACUUCAAGCUUCUGCAAGCAUCGUUUAAAAGAAUGAAUGUGGAUAAGGUAAUUCCAGUGGAAAAACUGGUCAAAGGGCGCUUCCAAGACAACUUAGAUUUCAUUCAAUGGUUUAAGAAGUUCUUCGAUGCUAACUAUGAUGGAAAGGAAUAUGACCCUGUAGAAGCUCGACAAGGCCAAGAUGCUCUUCCCCCACCAGAUCCUGGUGAACAGAUCUUUAACCUGCCCAAAAAGUCACACCAUGCAAACUCUCCUACUGCAGGUGCUGCUAAAUCCAGUCCAGCUUCUAAACCAGGAUCAACACCUUCUCGCCCAUCUUCAGCAAAAAAAGCUGCACCGAGCAGCUCAGCAUCCAAAUCAGAUAAAGAUUUGGAAACUCAAGUCAUACAGCUCAGCGAACAGGUACAUUCACUAAAACUUGCACUUGAAGGCGUGGAGAAGGAAAGAGAUUUCUACUUCGGCAAAUUAAGGGAGAUUGAACUUCUCUGCCAGGAACAUGGGGGAGAGAAUAAUGACCUUGUCCAUCGGCUAAUGGAAGUCCUUUAUGCUUCAGAAGAACACGAGGGCCACACAGAAGAGCAUGAAGGUGAAGAGCAAGUCCAUGAACAGCCCCAGCAGCAGGAGGAGUACUGACUCACCCAGCGUCUCUGACAAUUUUCAUUUUGUGUGAGAACUUUCUUCUGGAGAAUGGAACAUGUGUGGCCUCAAACUUGAAAUCAGUUCACUCCCAGUCUGCCAUUAACAUUUAUGUACCAUAGUGAGUGCCAGCCAACCACUGCAUUCUGUACCCAUACUUUGCCAAGAUGCAUUUGCAGAAGUCUUCUUUCAGUGUAUCUUCCCAAGAGGUUGUAGGGCUACAUCACCUACUGUACAUCACUGCAACUUCACCACUUGGCUGCUUGAGAUUUGUUCUGCUCUUUUAAGAAAAUAUAUAUAUUUAUUUUUUUUCUUUUUGUCUUAAGUAUGAUACACUUGUAACUUGUUCUAACAUAUUUAUAUUGGCAUUUUGUGUGGCAAGAAGUACCGUACCACUAGCUGUGUCUCUCACUUUGUGGUGCUUUGGCGUUUUCUAGUACAUCUGCCUUGGGGCAUAAAUUCGGUCAAUUGGAAUAAAGGGAUACAGUGGAAGUCGUGCUCAAGCCAUAA